UCGCCCAUCCGCUCAUUCAGUCUCGAACAAGCAAUUUAGUGCGACGUGUAAAAGUUAAUAUCAUUCAUCCCACAGUGAGCUAGAGAACUACAAUAUGGAAUACAAAGUGACACCACCGGCGGUUCUCCGGGAGCCUCUUGUUACUCCGAACAAACUACUGAUGGGUCCAGGCCCAUCGAAUGCCCCGCAACGGGUGCUGGAUGCCAUGUCGCGGCCAAUUCUUGGACAUCUUCACCCGGAGACGCUUAAAAUUAUGGACGACAUCAAAGAAGGUGUUCGGUAUCUGUUCCAGACGAACAACAUUGCCACCUUCUGUCUCAGUGCGUCCGGUCACGGUGGCAUGGAAGCGACCCUGUGCAAUCUGCUCGAGGAUGGCGAUGUGAUUCUGAUCGGUCAUACCGGUCACUGGGGUGACCGUUCGGCUGAUAUGGCCACUCGAUAUGGUGCCGAUGUGCGAGUCGUAAAAUCCAAAGUAGGACAAUCGCUUAGCUUGGACGAAAUUCGGGAUGCCCUGUUGAUCCACAAGCCAUCGGUGCUGUUCCUGACCCAGGGCGAUUCCUCCACGGGGGUUCUGCAAGGAUUGGAAGGAGUAGGCGCACUAUGCCAUCAACACAAUUGCCUGCUGAUUGUGGACACGGUUGCCUCGCUUGGAGGGGCACCGAUGUUCAUGGACCGCUGGGAGAUCGACGCCAUGUACACCGGGUCGCAGAAAGUGCUUGGGGCGCCACCCGGUAUCACACCGGUUUCAUUCAGCCAUAGAGCCGUAGAACGCUACAAGCGCCGCAACACCAAAGUCAAAGUGUACUACUGGGAUAUGUCCCUCGUCGGUGACUAUUGGGGCUGCUUCGGAAGACCCAGAAUCUACCAUCACACCAUCUCCUCCACGCUACUUUACGGCCUGCGAGAAGCCAUUGCCAUGGCCUGUGAAGAGGGCCUACCGGCGUUGAUUGCCCGCCACGAGGACUGCGCCAAGCGGUUGUACCGCGGACUGCAAGAUGCUGGUUUUGAACUGUACGCGGAUCCCAAGGAUCGCCUGUCGACGGUGACGACCAUCAAGGUACCGCAGGGCGUGGAUUGGCUCAAGGCCGCCCAGUACGCCAUGAAGACGUAUUUGGUGGAAAUCAGCGGAGGUUUAGGGCCCACAGCCGGGCAGGUGUUCCGAAUUGGUUUGAUGGGACAGAACGCUACCACCGAACGGGUGGAUCGAGUUCUUCAAGUCUUCCAGGAAGCGGUCGCGGCCGUGAAACCGGACGUCCAGGUUAAGGGCAAAAUGUAAUUAGAAAUUAGGAAUAAUAUAGUUUUACUUACCCCAUU